AAUUCAAGAGAGAAAUAUCUAAUCAUAAUACUUAAAAAUUGUGAAUGAUAGAAGUGCCACGUGAAUUUCAAUUAGUUUUUGUGAACAAUUUGUUUCAAUGACAUUGAAAAUAACAAAUAAAAAAUAUGGAAUUCGAAACAAGCAUAAAAAGAGCCUCAUUACUGUACGACAACGUACUUGAACAGACUGGGGACAUCAGACAGAAGUCUUCACAUACUCCAAUACCACCGGAUAAAUUCUUUUUAGCUACUUUAUUUUGUUUCUUUUGUGGAUUGGUAUCAAUGUUGCCUAUAAGUUUUUUUCUCAGUGCUAAUGACUAUUGGAUGUAUAAAUUACGGGACAGAACAAGUGCUAAUUAUAACUUAAACAACAAGACGGAGCUACAGACGAUGUUCGUAUCGGCGAAUUCAAUCGCUACUUCUAUUCCAAGUUUAAUUUCAGUGAUAUUGACUGGAAUAUACGGCCACAAAUUCAAGAUGAGGAAUAAUUUUUUAAUUGCACUUGGUAGUAUAAGUUCAGCAUUCAUAAUUCUAAACAUAUUAGUGAAAGUUGAUACUGAUGCAUGGCAAAUCACAUUCUUCGUCAUAUCUUUGUUUCUUUUAGGAUUCAUUGCACUUUUCGUGCCUUUCCUAAAUAUAUCUCUCAUGGCCUACUUAUCCAGAUUUCCGGUUUUCUAUAUUAAGAUCAGUUUGUACGGUUCUUCGGUGGGUGGAUUGUUUGGAUCUACAUUGCAACUCAUAUGUUUAUCCAUCGGAAACGAUCCCAUUUUGAUAGCUUUCAUUUACUUCUCAAGCGGAACAAUAGUAAUGGUCUUCACACUCUCAUUGACCUAUUUUAUAAAAUAUUCUCCAGUUAUACAACUUUACGAAAAAAAUAGUGAAAAUGUUGGAAAUAAAACUCAUUCCAUACGAGAGUUCUGGGCAACUGCGAAACUUAUGUGGCCAUUACUUUUGAUGACUUUUAUAUCAACGAGUAUAACGGGUUUUGCACACCCCAACAUAACUAAUCUCAUUGUAUCAGAAGGAUAUACAGGAAAUCAAGAAAAUCUUUGGUAUGAUAAAUACUUUGCUGUGGGUGCAAUUUAUUUUUUGUUCGAUUUCUUUCAGUUAGUAGGACAAAUCUUUGUACAUCCGAUAAUAACGAAAAAAAACUAUGGUUGGUUUUUGGCUAUUCAAGUGAUACGAUGUAUAGCAAUGGCACCUUUGUUCAUGUUUUGUAACGCACAACCACGUACUUUACCUGUAUGGUUCCCACACGAUUACCAAUAUAUGAUAAUAAUGGUCGUAUAUAGUUUAUCAUUCUCUAUACUCACGAGCACAGCAAUUCUCAGCACUCCCAAUCUUAGUGGGGAUAAAGCAGAGAUAGGUUUUAAUGUUAUACUAAGUACAUUAAUUACGACAGCAACUUUUGUCAGUUUAGCAAAUCCUUUCCUCGUGAAAAUGCUGGGAACUAAAAAGUAAUAGAAAAUAUAUAUUUAGUUUGAAGAUGGAUGCAAUUUAGAUGUUAGUGCUAUUUAUAAAUUAAGUAAUCUUUGUUUUUAUUUGAUUUGUAAUAAAAGUGUUUGAAAAGAA